GUCACACUGUCAGAGGGGCAGAAUGUUUUAUUGGGAUUAGAAAGCAUCAAAAGAAACAGCUGGCAAGCAAUCAAGCAAGCAAGCAAAUCAAAGAGAGCAGGUCUCUAUAGCAUCAAAACUCGUAAAAUCGGUGUCAACUGUAAACUCGCGAUUUUGACAUCCUUGCCCCCAACCCAAUUUCGUUCAAUUUACGCUCCGAGAAUAGCGCGUAUCAGUGCUCUCAAAAUCAUAAAAAUACAGUAACCCCCUUACCAAACCCUAACAGCAACAACAAAAACUCUCAUUUCACGUUCAUAACCGGCACCACCAAACAAACACCGUUUAUCUUCGAAAUUACCGUUUCACCCUCCAUGCAGUGAAGCAAAGCGCUAACCCUCUCCAAACCUCCACAGUCUGACCUUCAGCAUGUCAGGAGAUAGCCGGGAAUCGCCUCCGGUUACCGGAGGAGGAAACGGAGUGGUGUUACAGGAUAAAAAAACAGCUCCAGUGAUGGUGCCGAGUCAGAGGCUGAGAUUACACCCUAACAAGGAUCAUACGCCAGAGAGCUAUGAAGAUCUACAACUGGACUUCAGUCCUUCGGUUUUUAGGUCGCUGGAGAAAUACUUGCCGCCUAAUAUGCUUAGUGAUAGCAGAGAAGAGAAAGUGAAGUUCAUGAGAGAUAUUCUAUUGAAGUAUUUGCCUCAUGGAGAGCGAACCAGAGCACAGAAACAUAGAGAAUACAGGCAGAAGAUAAUAUCACAUUAUAAGCCUUUGAAAAGAGAGUUAUACUCAAUGCACCCUGUAACUUUCUUUGUCCCGUCCUUUAUGAAAGCAAUCAAUGAUAACACAGAAGAAAGCCUUAGAAGCAUCAUAUCAGAAGCCUCUCCUGGCGUGCUCACAUUUGAGAUGCUUCAGCCACGCUUUUGCGAAUUACUAGUAGCAGAGGUUGAAAAUUUUGAGGCAUGGGUUAAUGAUACAAAAUUUCGAGUCAUGCGACCAAAUACGAUGAACAAAUAUGGAGCUGUUCUUGAUGAUUUUGGCCUUGAAACAAUGCUUGACAAGCUUAUGGAUGGUUUUAUCCGUCCUAUAUCUAAAGUUUUUUUUCGUGAAGUUGGUGGGGCAACUUUGGAUUCUCAUCAUGGUUUUGUUGUUGAAUAUGGCAAAGAUUGGGAUGUUGACUUAGGCUUUCACGUGGAUGACUCUGAAGUAACUUUGAAUGUUUGCUUGGGCAAGCAAUUUUCUGGAGGAGAAUUGUUUUUCCGGGGCACACGAUGUGAUAAACAUGUAAAUACUGGAAGUCAGCCAGAGGAAAUUUUUUAUUAUUCUCAUGUUCCUGGUGGAGCUGUGCUUCAUCUUGGUCGUCAUAGGCAUGGUGUUAGGGCCACAACAUCUGGUCAUAGGAUCAAUUUACUCCUGUGGUGCAGAAGUUCGGUCUUCAGAGAGAUCAGGAAAUAUCAAAAAGAUUUCUCGAGUUGGUGUGGAGAGUGCACACGAGAAAAGAAGGGAAGGCAGCGAGCAUUCAUCGCUGCCACUAAAUCGGAGUUACUCAGGCAGGAUGGUGAGUCCGUAGCGUGAGCUGUUCAUUCAGUUGUAAUUGUAGACUUGUGUAGCUCCAGAUCUCUAUGCACCGCCGUUGGUAAAUCUUUUGAAGUUCAGUUUUGUGCUCCAGCUUACCAUGACAUGGUGGAACCUUGAAUGUCCAAAUUAUGUGAACUGCAUGAGAUGAACCUGCUUGUAGCAGAUUACAGUAUAUGCCUGCACAUUUUGUAAAAAGAUUUAGGACUGAUCUGAUGUUAGUAAUCGUAAAUUAACAGUUCGUAGCACCAUAUUUAGGGGUAGUCUUGGUAUUUGGAACCACAGUUAGCAAUGCCAAUAAUUCUGUAACUUGAUCAUUUACAAAAUGUUUAAUAAAACUGAGCAUUUUCUCUGA